AUGCUGGGCAGUCGUGGUGGCAAUGACGAGGAGGCGGCGCCACAGGGGCCCCAGCAAGGACUGCAACCGCAACCACAGCAGAUGCUCGUGGCACCAGCCCUUUCUUCAUCCCUUACGGCUGCAGCAGGUGUGAGCCCCGUGAUCCAGGAGACAGCUGCAGUGAGACUGCAACAUCAGUGUGCCGUCACACCAGCAAACUCUGAAGAAAAACAAGCGGGGAGUACACCUCAGAUGUGCUCCUGCCUACAGGCACAUUGCACACCCGUAAUACCAAACUCACUCACCCCACCUCUAGCAUGUUUUCCAUCCCCCAUGGAGACUUUCCUGCGCCAAAGGUGGAGUUGUAUUCAUAAGGAGACUCAACGCCAGCAGAUCGACCACGCACCCAAGAUGACGGGCCCAAACAUAGGUGUAGAAGAUGAUUUAGGCCCAGUCAAUCUGUCAACUCGAGGCACUCCUAGCUCUAUGCGGAAUAGUAUGGCGGCUUACUUUUUUACGCUGGACGCCGAGGAGAACCUUCGGCAUUCACCUCCCUUAGAGUUCAUCAUGCCGUCUGGAAAAAGCGAAGAGGAGGGUGGUUCGUGCCUGCCCACUCCUUCAAACGAUACUGAUGACAAGAAAGAUACCAGCUCUGAAAAGGAGCCGUGUGACCGCAGCACCCCGAUGGCAACACAGGAGGCGGAACAACUGGACCUACGGACAUUGCGCUAUCCCAUAAGUGUGCCGCGACACCCGCACCCUAGGAUGGAUAGCGCCGAUGAAGGUGCUCUCCAGCGGUCGAGCUUCGACCCUUCGAUGGUGUGUGGUUCCGGUCAGCGGGUCGGCCGAUGGCAUCCGCUCAAAGGCACCGACACAGUGUUGAACUUGCAUGAUGGCGCUGCGUCAAACCGCGAGAGCCACGACGAGCGAUGGGAGUACUCGAGUCACUCAGUUAGAUAUGAGGUUGUGAAGUUGCGAAAUAAUGGCGACAAUGAGGACAACACAAAUGAUGAAGUGGGGGAUUCGGGCGAUGAAUGCUGCUACUUCUGUUGUUGCUGCUGCCCAUCCUGCUGCAGUGAGUUCCUUGGGGUUCGCAAGUGCAAUACCGAGCUAGAAGCGUCACUGAAUGCGGAGGAACACAAUGUUUCAUCACGACACGAGUACCAUGACCGACGGGGAUGCCGCAGAAACUGUCUCUGCAGGAAGAUCAUACGCCUCUGGCGCUUUUUAAAUGUCUUCUCCGGUGAUCUCCCUUACGUCUCGCAGGGGCUCUGCAUACUGAGCUAUGCAGCCGGUAUCCUUGUGAUGGCAGCCACUAUUAUGAUCCUUGAGGAGCUGCUGAGUGUACAGCACCAAUCCAAAGUUGAUGACGGCUCCGCGUGUGAGGGGUGCCUGGUAAAUGAGGAUAUUACACCAGAUAUAUCCUUCAGUAUUAUUUGCUUUAUUCUCAAUGGACUGCUCACUGUUUGCUUUUCCCUUCGAGCUACACGGUACGAGAACACCGGGCUGCUGAUAUGUCACCUUAUAACUGUAUUACUUCAGGUCGCUCGUGUUGUUUACUUUGUGCUGACGAGGAACUUUGAUUAUCUCUCCGACAAGAUGGCGCUUAGCAUUCAAGUCCUGCUUAUCGUAAGCGCUGCUCUGCUUCUGGCUUCGUGCUGCACGUACUGGACGGUGUCCAAGUCGUUUGGGUGGCGGACGUUUAAGAAAGGCAUCAUCCACUCAGAAAUUCUGCGCCGCCGACAGCGGCACAUGUACAUGCAGUCCUGUGUGCAGCUCGAUGUGAUCAGCACAAUCAAUGCCGGCGUUACUGUUGCCUUCAUGGUAGACAUCACCUCAGAACACGCUCUAGGAGUAACGAUAUCUGUUAUAUCUUGUAUUCUUGCCAUGCUCUUUAUCCUGAUGCUGCGCCACUAUCCGGUGUUGUUUAUUAUCAUCUUCGGCGCAGCAGCUACCAUGUCACUAGCUUUUUACUGCUACGCACUCAGCGGUGCAGUGGACCAGUACUUUAUCCGGAGAGCCAGCGCCCACUUUGAAGCAAGCAAAUGCUACCAAUCGUCACUGACGCAUUGCAUGGAGGUCAGUGAUAUUAGCAUCGUGCCGGGCGACAGCACAAAUAACAACACACACGACAUUGUGAAUGGCAGCAGUACGUACCUCCCUACCCUUGGGUACCACAAUGAGUACUUUGAGCUUCGUCACUGCAACGCCACAUGCUUUGCUGAGCGGGGUGAUCUGCUCAAGCGGCACAUUGCGCACUGCUGCGAGAGUUACGGCCGCUGCCGUCUGAAGGAUGCGGUGCGGAGCUACGGCGCCGUGUAUCUCAGUGUGCUGACACUUAUCGUCUGUGUGGUGCGCAUCAUUCUCGUCCGGUUGGGGUUCCGCUACAUUUCGGAUGAGGCGGAAUGUGCAGGUGACGACAGCGCGACCUGUCGGACAUCCCAGAGCUUCUGUAGCCAGCAGCAGCAGCUUGUGAAGAGCAGGCGCGCUGCGGAGACUAGUGGCGCUGCGUGGGGCGCGCGGCCCUCGUUGUUGUCGACUGACUUGAGGAACACUUCAACGCUCAGCGGCGCUGCGGAGACCGGCGUGGAGGAGCCCUCGCGCUGA